UAACUAUUUAUAGUGAAAUCAUGACGGUUUAAAAAGUGAUCGUAAAUUGUUUACAUAAAGAAAACAUCAUUACAAAAAGUCUUUAAUAUGUGUCCAGUUGUUCAAAGAUGACGGGCUAUGAUCCUCCAUUCUAAUACAAAAUAUCACAAUGAGAUCACGAAAGUUCGCUUUGGCUGAUUUUUGUUUAAGACACACGAUAUCUACUAAAUACGCCAGUUUUGUUUUACUGUGUUUUAUUUUGACGACUUUUGUUGUUAGAUGGGAAACGCUUGUGACUCGCAUUCAAAUAUACAAUUCACAAGACCCAGAAAGACCUGUUGAAAUAUUUGAACAACAAAGACAAUAUUUAAGAAAUCAAACAAAAACAAGUUAUAAAAUUUCUAAAAUCAGUUCAAAUAAAGUGACAGAAAAAAAUAAAUACGCAGAUGUUCAUUUAAAAUUCAAGGAAAAAAAGAACAUAACGGAAAAAUACCAAGCAAAAUAUUACCAAGCUGCACCAUGGGAGCGAAUUCAUGCCAAAAUAGAAAACAAGGACGAGCCAGAAAACUAUAUUUUGUCAAAGAAAAGAUUCGUCAAAUCUGUUAGCUGUGCGAAAAUCGUCCGUGGAAGUAAAAGAGAAAUUACGAAAUCUGCCGACCUAGGAAAUGACUACCUAUCAGUUUUAAGUCCGUCCUAUUACAUCAGAAAAACGGAAAAUUGUGAUGACUUUAUAAAUACCCGAGAAUAUAUCACAGAUUCCUUGUCCAAGGAAGAAAAAGAAUUCCCUUUGGCAUAUAGUAUCCUUGUUUAUAAGUCUGUCUAUCAGUUUGAACGUUUGCUGCGAUCUAUUUAUAGACCUCAGAAUUUUUACUGCAUACAUGCCGAUAUGAAGAUGUCCGAUGUCGACUAUGAUGCCGUUCGGUAUAUAAUCAGCUGUUUCGAUAAUGUGUUUUUCUCCUCCAAAGCUUAUAACGUGGCAUGGGGAACAUUUUCUGUUCUUGCAGCAGAUUUAACCUGCAUGACUAAUCUAUUAAAGUACAAGUGGAAAUACUUUAUAAAUUUGACCGGACAAGAGUUUCCAUUGAAGACUAACCGGGAAAUCGUCAAGAUCUUAAAAUCUUUUAACGGUGCUAACGAUGUGCACAUUGAAACAAAAUUAAAUUGGGAACAAAGAUGGGAAAAGGCAGGACCUGUUCCGGACAAACUUACACCGUACAAAGGUUCUGUACAUGUUGCAGUGAACAGAAAUUUUGCAGAGUUCGUUAUAAGAAACGCAACUUCAUUGAGAUUGAUGAAUUGGCUAAAACGCACAGAUAUUCCGGAUGAAAUAUUUUUUACAACGUUAAAUCACAACCCACAUCUAGGUAUUCCGGGAUCAUAUGCAGGUGAUUUAAAGAAGAAAAACAAUUUAAAAAAAGGUGAUGUAGCGCGGUAUAAGAAGUGGUAUUCCACAGGCUGUACUGGACAGGAACAACAUGGAAUAUGUAUAGCUAGUGUUAAAGACCUACAAGUUUUAGCGAGAAGGCCAGAAAUGUUUGUAAACAAAUUAAUCUGGGAUAAUGAUCACUACACCUUUGAUUGUUUGGAAGAACUAAUUUAUAACAGAACUGUUGAUGGUUAUAAUGAAAAUACUCAAUUUGAUACUACGGAGUAUUCUAAUUUGUUCUUUGUUCGGAAUGCCUUAAGGCACGCAAAAUAAUUGAUUUAGUUUUAAUUUCAAAACUUGUUUUUUUGUCAAUAAAUUGGAAUUGAAUGGGAAA